UGUUUCCUCUCUCUCUCCACAGAUCGUAGCUGUUCUCAGUCCCUAAACCCUCCCCUGUCUCCACCGCCGGCCCACCCAGUCUCCGCCACUCCUCCUCUACCACGUCUACGCCACUCCGCCGUUCAAACCCACCUCUUCUUUUCCUUUCAAAACCACAACCCUUCACGGACGAAGACAGAGAGAUCAACCUGUAGUUUGGGAGUACAAAGUGCUAAGUACCCCCAAAAUCAAAUAGGUGGUUGUUUUUUCUAGUUUCUACUAUAAAAACCCAACAUAAAUAUAUAUAUAACCUCAAGCAUAGUCUAGCUCUAGCCCCUAUUGGAACAUGACCAAAUUGCAAAGCUGACAAGGUUGUAAGAAAAGCCGACCAAGCUCAACUUUUGACGACCACCUUCGAGUGAGGAAACUGUAUCUGGGACUGUGAAGUCUAAGUAAAGUGAACUAUCAUUCAAUACUCAGGUCUGAAGCUUACACCAAAAAGUUCCUGUUUAUUCAUCCUAGUCCUUUAUUGAGAGAGCUAUAUGCUAUAGUUCUCACUGCAUUGCAUCUGAGACAAAAAUUGACUUCAUUUAUUUACCAAAAAUGACAGAAAUCUUCAGUUACACGGCUUACAGACAGUUAUCUCAGAUGUUCCUCUCGAUAAUUUUCUUUCACAGUUCUGAAUACAUUUUAGCACUCGCCGUUCAUGGGAAAUCAAAUGUUAAUCUUAAGUCUCUUCUGAUUAGCCCAAGUUAUCUUGCAGCAAUGUUCUUUUCUUUGCUGGAGUACUUAAUUGAAAUUGUGUUAUUUCCUGGGAUGAAGGAAUACUGGUGGAUUAGUAACUUGGGCCUUGUAAUGGUUAUAGUUGGCGAAAUAAUAAGGAAAGCAGCAAUUAUUACUGCUGGUUAUUCAUUCACACAUCUUAUUAGGACCAAUCGUGAGGAGAAUCACAGAUUGAUUACUCAUGGAAUCUAUAGAUUUAUACGACAUCCUGCAUAUUGUGGUUUCUUCAUUUGGUCGGUUGGUACUCAGAUAAUGCUUUGUAAUCCCAUAUCGACGAUUGGAUUUGCAAUUGUUGUUUGGCGCUUCUUUGCACAACGGAUUCCAUAUGAAGAGUAUUUCUUGAGGCAAUUUUUUGGUUCGAGUUAUGAUGAAUAUGCCCGAGGUGUUCCUUCCGGGGUGCCAUUUGUAAAGUGAGGAUCUGAUGUUCUGUGGGCUGGGUUUGCCAGGGUGCCAUUUAGAAAGUGAGGAUGUGUAGAUUCUGUGAUCUGGGUUGCAUUUGGCUUCUUGUUUCAUUGAAGCACUCGAAAUUUCCUUGAAGCUGAACUGAUCAAUGGUUUGCAAGAGUGACCAAGUUAUUUACUUCCUUUAUUGCAGCUUUAUGCUUGGUAGUAAUUCUGAAGCUAGAUUCUUGUAGUUAUUGUUCAUGUUGGGAGAAAGACACAAGGCUUGUCUUCAGGAAUUAGGAGUUAGGAAUAUUAAAUUUUUUAUUUUGUUCCCAUCAAACAUGCCUAGUAUGAAUAAUAUAUCA